AUGGAUGACGAUCAAUUGAUCCCGAACAACAACAUAGUAGAUGAAAACGACAAUGUGCCAGACGACGUUGAAAUGUUGAGACCAAAUAGCCGACGUCCAUUUUCUGUGAAACGUAAUAAAAUGACUAUCAAAUUCUGGCUGAUGCCGGAAAGACGAAUUGCAUCGAUCAGAUUGAUAAAACCUGAAGGCGUACAAUCGAUUGCUGUUUGGUACAUCAGACCUUCAGAAAGAGCAUCAAAGGAACGUGUAGUAGUUAAGAAAGAAUCACCAGAUAGCAUCGUUCGCUUCCCAGGUAUGCCUGAAGCUGUUGAUAUAUUACUUGAAGUAGUAAAGAAACCUUCUGCAGUCGAAAUGAAUUUCAGAGUUUCAAUAAAAGCAUGUUUUGUGGAAGUGCUUACACCAACAAGCAGUUUAUCAAGCAGUUCAACUAGCGGCUCAUCAAGCAGCUCAACUAGCAGUUCAGCAAGUAGUUCAAGUUUGACGUCUGUCCCAGAGACAAGUUCAAGCACAUCCAGUUCAUACACGGAAGGAACCACUCCAGUGUCCACGACAUCGACAUCAGUUUAUCUUACACCAACUACAGUUUGUACUGUCACGGAGGGCAUGAAUAGACCAAAGUCUAUUCCAAGAGAAAAUAUAAGGGACAAUAAUGAUCGUAUACCGCAAGGUGCUGAGAAUUUAAGACCUAAUGCAGAGAAUCCAUUUACUGUUGAUAGGAAUUCUUUUACUGUACGAUUCUUAUUUAAUCCUGCUAUUCCAGUUGAAUCGUUAGAAUUGAUAAGGCCAAUGAAUAUUGAAGAUAUAUCAGUUUCAUACGAACAACCCAGAAAUAAUAAGAGAAUGCCGGUUGUCGAGAAUGGAAAUCCAAAGAAAGUCGUGCGAUUCCCAGAACAACCAGAUGCUGUCGAGGUUGUACUCACAGUGAAUAGAGAAGAUUCGGAUGAGCCAAUGUCGUUCCAAGUUGCUAUAUUUGCUUGCUUCGAAAUCCCGACAACAACAACUCCUGUAGUUACAACAUACUCUGUUGAAACAUCUUCUGUUCCAACAACAAGCUCUUCAACUAGCAGCACUUCAUCGACGUCUACAAGACCAGUCACUACGUCCACAAUUUAUACAUCUUCAUCCUCGCCAGGCAUAACGUCUACUAGUUCUACAGGACCAGUUACUACUUCCUCCAUUUACACAUCUUCAUCUUCUCCAGGCAUAACUUCUACUAGUUCUUCGAGCAGUUCAACAUCUGCAGAAGUAACAACGAUAUGUGAACUAUCUGACGGAAUGGAUGACGAUCAAUUGAUCCCGAACAACAACAUAGUAGAUGAAAACGACAAUGUGCCAGACGACGUUGAAAUGUUGAGACCUAAUAGCCGACGUCCAUUUUCUGUGAAGCGUAAUAAAAUGACUAUCAAAUUCUGGCUGAUGCCGGAAAGACGAAUUGCAUCGAUCAGAUUGAUAAAACCUGAAGGCGUACAAUCGAUUGCUGUUUGGUACAUUAGACCUUCAGAAAGAGCAUCAAAGGAACGUGUAGUAGUUAAGAAAGAAUCACCAGAUAGCAUCGUUCGCUUCCCAGGUAUGCCUGAAGCUGUUGAUAUAUUACUUGAAGUAGUAAAGAAACCUUCUGCAGACGAAAUGAAAUUCAGAGUUUCAAUAAAAGCAUGUUUUGAGGAAGUGACUACACCAACAAGCAGUUCAUCAAGCAGUUCAACUAGCGGCUCAACUAGCAGCUCCACUAGCAGUUCAACUUUGACGUCUGUCCCAGAGACAAGUUCAAGCACAUCUAGUUUAUACACGACAGGAACAACUCCAGUGUCCACGACAUCGACAUCAGUUUAUCUUACACCAACUACAGUUUGUACUGUCACGGAGGGCAUGGAUAGACCAAAGUCUAUUCCAAGAGAAAAUAUAAGGGACAAUAAUGAUCGUAUACCGCAAGGUGCUGAGAAUUUAAGACCUAAUGCAGAGAAUCCAUUUACUGUUGAUAGGAAUUCUUUUACUGUACGAUUCUUAUUUAAUCCUGCUAUUCCAGUUGAAUCGUUAGAAUUGAUAAGGCCAAGGAAUAUUGAAGAUAUAACAGUUUCAUACGUUCAACCUAGAAAUAAUAAGAGAAUACCGGUUGUCGAGAAUGGAAAUCCAAAGAAGGUUGUGCGAUUCCCAGAACAACCAGAUGCUGUCGAGGUUGUACUCACAGUGAAUAGAGAAGAUUCGGAUGAGCCAAUGUCGUUCCAAGUUGCUAUAUUUGCUUGCUUCAAAAUCCCGACAACAACAACUCCUGUAGUUACAACAUACUCUGUUGAAACAUCUUCUGUUCCAACAACAAGCUCUUCAACUAGCAGCACUUCAUCGACGUCUACAAGACCAGUCACUACGUCCACAAUUUAUACAUCUUCAUCCUCGCCAGGCAUAACGUCUACUAGCUCUACAGGACCAGUCACUACUUCCUCCAUUUACACAUCCUCAUCUUCUCCAGGCAUAACCUCUACUAGUUCUUCGAGCAGUUCAACAUCUGCAGAAGUAACAACAAUAUGUGAACUAUCUGACGGAAUGGAUGACGAUCAAUUGAUCCCGAACAACAACAUAGUAGAUGAAAACGACAAUGUGCCAGACGACGUUGAAAUGUUGAGACCUAAUAGCCGACGUCCAUUUUCUGUAAAGCGUAAUAAAAUGACUAUCAAAUUCUGGCUGAUGCCGGAAAGACGAAUUGCAUCGAUCAGAUUGAUAAAACCUGAAGGCGUACAAUCGAUUGCUGUUUGGUACAUUAGACCUUCAGAAAGAGCAUCAAAGGAACGUGUAGUAGUUAAGAAAGAAUCACCAGAUAGCAUCGUUCGCUUCCCAGGUAUGCCUGAAGCUGUUGAUAUAUUACUUGAAGUAGUAAAGAAACCUUCUGCAGACGAAAUGAAAUUCAGAGUUUCAAUAAAAGCAUGUUUUGAGGAAGUGACUACACCAACAAGCAGUUCAUCAAGCAGUUCAACUAGCGGCUCAACUAGCAGUUCCACUAGCAGUUCAACUUUGACGUCUGUCCCAGAGACAAGUUCAAGCACAUCUAGUUUAUACACGACAGGAACAACUCCAGAGUCCACGACAUCGACAUCAGUUUAUCUUACACCAACUACAGUUUGUACUGUCACGGAGGGCAUGGAUAGACCAAAGUCUAUUCCAAGAGAAAAUAUAAGGGACAAUAAUGAUCGUAUACCGCAAGGUGCUGAGAAUUUAAGACCUAAUGCAGAGAAUCCAUUUACUGUUGAUAGGAAUUCUUUUACUGUACGAUUCUUAUUUAAUCCUGCUAUUCCAGUUGAAUCGUUAGAACUGAUAAGGCCAAGGAAUAUUGAAGAUAUAACAGUUUCAUACGUACAACCCAGAAAUAAUAAGAGAAUACCGGUUGUCGAGAAUGGAAAUCCAAAGAAAGUCGUGCGAUUCCCAGAACAACCAGAUGCUGUCGAGGUUGUACUCACAGUGAAUAGAGAAGAUUCGGAUGAGCCAAUGUCGUUCCAAGUUGCUAUAUUUGCUUGCUUCGAAAUCCCGACAACAACAACUCCUGUAGUUACAACAUACUCUGUUGAAACAUCUUCUGUUCCAACAACAAGCUCUUCAACUAGCAGCACUUCAUCAACGUCUUUAGUACCUGUCACCACAUCCUCUGUUUACACAUCUUCGUCUUCUCCAGGCAUAACGUCUACUAGUUCUACUGGCCCGGUCACUACUUCCUCCAUUUACACAUCUUCAUCUUCACCAGGCAUAACGUCUACUAGUACUUCCACUACAUUGACAUCGCAUAUAACAACCUCAUCUGAAUAUCCGACUACGUCUUCUACCUCAAGUACAAGUUCUGUGUCCACGCCAUAUGUAUCAACAAGUGAGACGACUCCGACAAUUACAUCUCCUUACACAUCAACAAGUUCAUCUACAACAACUCCAUGUGCAAUGGUAGACGGAAUGGACGAACCGGUUUAUGUACCUGAAAACCAAAUAGUUAUAGACGAUGCGUCAAAUGAGAAGAAUGUUAAGAAUUUAAGACCAAACAGCAAGAACCCGUUAGUGGUAAAGAAAGAUGUUAUCACUAUCAAAGUGUGGAUUAUGCCUGAAGCGCGCAUUUCUUCAGCAAAUUUGGUUACAUCUAAAAAUGUAAAAUCGUACGAUGUCUAUUACGUUAAACCUGGACGAGCAUCUAGGGAUGUACCUUACAGAGAGAAUGUUAAACCAAACGAUGUAGUUAAGUUUCAGUCGUAUCCCUUUGCACAAGAUGUGAUAUUUGUUGUACGACUUGACAGAAAAUUCCAACAGAUGUCAAUACGAAUUUCUGUUGUAGCUUGCUUUGAACAAAUUUCAACCACAUCAUCUAUAACUACUCCGUCUGGACCCUCGGUUACGUCGUCUUCUACGCCUGAAGUAACUUCAUCAAGUUCAUCGUCUACCGUGCUUAUCACCGAAACAGCAACUUAUCCAUCGUUUACUACAUCGACAACUUCAAGCUCUAGUUCAAGUUCGCCUUUAAGCACUACAUCAUCAUCAACAUCAACAGUGCCUACAACAUAUAGUUCAAGUUCCACUUCGUCAUCUUCGUUCCUGUCAACAGUUACACCAUGCCAGUACUCUGAAGGGAUGGACAGACCCUCAGUUAUAAGAGACGAAGAUAUAACAACAAACGACAACAAAGUAAACAGAAAUAUCGAUUCACUGCGUCCAGACAGUCCAAAUAGUCCGGCAACCUCUUCCGUAGACAGGUUCACGGUGACCGUGAAUUUCCCAGACGGCGGUAUACCAGUUGAUAGAAUACGACUACCUGUACGAGACAACAUUGAUGCUGUUAAGGUUUAUGUUUACAGACCUGGAAAACCAAACCCUAUGCCAUUGAAUUCAGACAAGCCAAUACCUGUUGACAGGAGAAUUCAAUUCCCACGUGUUUUAGUAACAAAAGUAGAAAUUGUUGUUGUUGAAAAGGAACAGCCUAGCAGACCUAUAUCAAUGACAAUCGAAAUAUGGGGAUGUUACGAAGUUGAAAGUAGUUUAACUACUGGUACACCAACUUCAACAAGCUCAACAUCACCAGUAUCCACGUCUAGCUCUACAAUCUCAGUUCCUACAAGUUCUUCUAGCAGCUCCACUUCUUUAUAUACGUCUUCAAUCUCAUCAGGUACAUCGUCAGUUGAGACAUCAUCCGUUCCAACAACCAGUUCUUCUACAUCAACGUCUACCCGGCCAGUAACUACAGUCAUCCGUUUACACUACUUCUCCCGCGAUAACUUCUACAAGUUCUACAGAACAAGUCACAACGUCUUCCGUUUUCACAUCUUCAUCUUCACCAGGCAUUACAUCUACAAGUUCAUCAAGCAGUUCAACCUCUUCUCCCUUUUCAUCAGUAUCAACGAUAUGUGGACUGUCCGACGGUAUGGAUGACGAUCAAUUAAUCCCAAACAAUAACAUAGUUGAUGAAAAUAACGAUGUGCUAGACGACGUCGAAAUGUUGAGACCUAAUAGCCGACGUCCAUUUUCUGUAAAACGUAAUAAAAUGACUAUCAAAUUCU